AUGGGUACAUCAACAGAUAAAUUACCAGUUUCCAAGAAUGGAACAAGACUACCACAAAGGACUAUACCAGCACCAAGGCCCCCAUUCAGGGCAGGUGGUGGAUCUUCUUCUUCGAAUGGUGCAACAGUCGUCAUACCUCACCCAGUUGUGCCACCAACUAUGAGCAGAAAGGAACAAGUUGCAGCACAAGCAGCAGUGCACAACUAUGCCUUGACGCAUGGUGGGUUUCCAGGUUUUGGAAGGAAACCAACUAGACCUUUGCAUCAAGCCGAAAGAGAGUGCUUCAAGUAUAAGGCUCGUGAUUUCGUUUCAUCCUCCUCCAACCCACUUGCAUAUCGUCGUAAGCUAGCUAAGAAAAUCGAGAAAAUCAAUAAACGAGUUGAUGAAAUUGCUAAAGAUAUGGAAAAGUUUCAGUUGGAAACUAGUUUUAACAGUGGUGAUGGUGAAAGCAGUUGGCUACGAAAUCGGCAAACUGCAUCCGUCUUAAUAGAUUCUGAAAUUGUGGGAAGAAAUGAUGAUAAGAAUAAGAUUGUUGACAUAUUAACAAAGGCGACUACACCUUUGGAAAAGGUUCCUGUUAUCUCAGUUGUGGGGAUGGGUGGACUUGGGAAGACCACCCUUGCACAGCUCGUUUACAAUGACGAGAUGGUAACUAAACUUUUCGAUCAAAGAAUGUGGGUCUGCGUAUCUUCAGAUUUCGAUGUGGAGAUAAUCCUAAUAAAAAUGAUGGAAUCCAUCACUCUUGCCAAGUUUGAUAGAUUAUCAAAUUUCGACGUGCUGGUGAACAAGGUUCGAAAAAAUCUCCAGGGGAAGAAAUUUUUGCUAGUAUUGGACGACUUGUGGAACGAGGAUGUUGAUCAAUGGGAGAUGCUCAGAAUUCCGCUGAUCGUUGGCGCUCAAGGGAGUAAAAUAUUAAUCACCACACGUAACAUGCAGGUUGCAGAUAUCGUGAAGGGGAGCAUUUGUCCAUACCAACUGGAAAAAUUACAAGAAGAUGAAUGUUGGUCUAUCAUGGAGAAAAUAGCAUUUUCUCCCGGCGGAGCUGUAAAGACUCAAAACAUGACAAGCAUCGGAGAAGAGAUUGCAAAAACGUGUUGCGGUUUACCACUUGCAGCGAAAUCCCUCGGGAGUCUAAUGCACUCGAGAAAUAAAGAACAGGAUUGGUUGUCGAUUAAAGAAACUGGCCUCUGGAAUACACAACAAGGACAAUGCGAAAUCAGACCAAUACUGAAAUUGAGUUAUGAUAACCUGUCGCCUCGUUUGAAACAAUGUUUCUCUUAUUGCUCCAUCUUUCCCAAAGGUUGGGAGAUUAAAAGAGAAACUUUGAUACAUAUGUGGAUGGCGGAAGGAUUCUUGGAGUCAUCAUCGAAUGCUGGAUACACAAGACCGGUUGAAGAGAUCGGAGAAGAAUAUUUUGAUAGUCUGGUGUGGAGUUCAUUUUUGGAUGCGGUGCAAAAGAAUGAUUUAGAUGACAUAAUCACGUGCAGGAUGCACGAUCUUGUGCAUGAUCUUGGACGAGAUUUUGCCAGUCGUGAAUAUGCAAUAUCAGAUGAGGACUUAUCGAGAAGAUGCUACAAUGCCUUGAGUGAACCGAAGACGGUGCGGACAUUUGUCAUCGUUGAACCAAAUUCUAACCUUUUAUUACACCCCUUCUCAUUGUUGAAAGUGCGUGUGCUACACUGUGGUCGUGCGACAGAAAAAGGCAGUGAAAUGAUUUUAAAUCUGGCUAUUGGUAAACCGCAUUUAAGGUACUCCCAUGACGAUAUAGAUAUUAUCGGCAUGAUGCAUGGUGGUCAUUCUUCCAUCAGUACACUUUACAGUUUGCAGACGUUGGUAUUUAGCAGGUGUACCUCUGUCCCAAUUCAUCUUCAAAACAUUGGGUCUUUGAAAAAUCUAAGGUUCCUUGACAUUUCUUCUUCAGAUAUUAAAGAACUGCCUGAUUCUGUCGGUAGUCUAUGUAACUUGCAAAGAUUAAAUCUCAGUCAUUGCAAGAGCUUCACCACCUUUCCCAACUCUGUCAGUGGUUUGCAGCAUCUAAAGUUUCUUGAUAUGUCGUUUACACCUAUCGAACAACUACCUGGCUCCAUCGUCAACCUUCGCAGUUUGCAGACUUUAGACGUAAAUAGCUGUGAGAAAUUACAAUCCAUACCGGAGUAUGUCACGAGUCUUGCUAAUCUGAGGAUAUUUAAUUUCAAUAACUGCCCAUUACUUGAAGCAUUACCUGAAGAUUUCGGAGCAUUAACACAGCUAAGGUCGCUUGACCUAGAGCAUACUGCGAUCAAAGUACUACCCGAUUCUUGCGGCAACCUGUUCAACCUUGAGUAUGUGGAUCUUUGGAGGUGUGAGCUUCCUAAAGAUGUAACAAACUGGAGUAAAGUGAGAAAGUUUUAUUCCAAAGGCAAAGGAAGAACACCAAUGGGUAUAGGAGAACUAGUUUUUCUGCGACAUUUGACAUACAAAGUUGGGGAAAACGUCAUCAACGAGACUGAACGUAAUGAAACAGGCAUUGAAGAGUUAGCAAACCUUAACAACCUUGAACGUCUAUUUAUUAUUGGCUUUGAGAAGGUGCAGGACCCAAAAAAUGAAGAGAGAGCAAAUUUGAAGGAGAAACAAAAGCUUCGUGUGUUAGAACUAUGUUGGACCGGAAUAGGAGAAGAGGAAGAAGAAGAAGACUGGAUUCAUUUUGAGGAGUUGGGCAUUCGCAUCAGUCGUUGGUUCCUGAAUAAUUUUCUAGCAAUUGAAGAACUCCAACCUCCCACGAGUUUGAGUAGGUUGCAUAUCUAUGACUUCAUGGGUCCGGACCUUCCCACCUGGAUGUCUGUUCCAUCUUGUCUUCAAAAUUUGGAAAUUUUGUGGCUUGUAGGCUGCAAAAAUAUUAUACAACUUACAGCAGGUAUUGGGCAGCUCCCACGUCUCAGGUGUCUGAAGCUGUCAACAAUGCGUUUGAAGAGUUUAGAUAUUGGUGAAUUUCCUUCAUUAACUAGUAUCCUUCUUAGUGAUAUGCCCUUUUUAGAAGAAUUGGGUUAUUACCAUUGUCUUCAGGAUCUGAUGAUUAGUGGCUGCAAACGUUUAACAGAAAUUCCUUCGUUUCCUUCUCUGACGAAUUUGGAAUUAGGGAAUAAUAUCAGCCAGAAUUUUGUAUGCUCAGUUGGGAGAAGCCUCACAUCUCUCACAACCCUAUUUUUGGAUAAUAUCGAUCGGCUUGUAUUCUUCCCGAUAAGCAUACUCGAAAAGAAUUCUAAUCUUCAAGAUGUGCGAAUUAAUGGGUGUAGUCUGUUUCAAGGCUUUGGUAUACAACUUGAUGGUUGGGAAGAGGACGUGGUUGCAUUGUGUGCGCCUGAAAUCUACUGCUGCAGCAGUACCUCUCUAGAGAAAUUGGCUUUGAUGCAUUGCCCGGUUCUUAAGUUUCUUCCAGAUUUACGUGGAUGGACUUCUAUUCAGAAAUUAGGGUGCAGUCAGUUUGAAGAAGAGGAGGUGGCUGCGCUGUGUGAGCCUGAAGUCUACUCCUACAGUACCUCUCUUAAUAAAUUGGUUUUGAUGCAUUGCCCAAGUCUUAAGUUUCUUCCAGAUUUUCGUGGAUGGACUUCUCUUCAUACAUUAGCCGUUUGGAACUGCCCACAAGUGGAGGAGUCUUUAACCUAUGAUCUCAAAGAACUCUCUUUUCUUAAAGAACUUGGAGUUGAUUUUAUUCAAAAAGACGUGCAGCUGCUACAUCCAUUUGAAGGGGUGAUGAAUUUGAUGCUUUUCAAUCAUAGAUGA